CGCUUCGAGACUCCCUCCAAGAUGGCGGCGGUGUUUACCGCACAGUAAUCAUUUCCAAUUCGUUAUAACACGAAUAAUUUCCAAAGCGCAACGUAAAUUACUAAUAAAAAAUUCCUGUUUUCGGUCGAACUCGCAGAGAGAGCCCCUCGCACGUCCCGCAGUCGCGAGAAAUCCGAGUUAUGCGUAAAUAGUGAUCCAUGUUUUCUUCUUAUUAAAAAAAAAUAUAUCGGAUUUAUUCAGCCCGAAUCCUUCGUAAAUGUCAAUUUAAUUGCAGUCUGUGUAACGCGGACGAAAAUUCUCCCGUUCCACGAACAAUAAUAUUCACGUUACACGGUGUCGAAUGCGGACGAACGAACCUCAAGGUCUAGCAAUGAACACAAACAGAGCACGGCCACGACAGCUACGAACGAGGAAGGAGACGUAGAGAAAUCGCUCAGGAUGAAUUCGACGAGGGGAGAGAUCGCAAUCACGGCAAGGAAGUGAGCUUUAUCGUGACUCGAAAAUGCCCUGACCCUUCGACUCGCGAUAAGUAACCGACGAUCGUGCGAGAAUGAAUCGAACAGGAAAUUGAGCCGAGUCACGAGCGCCGAGGUAUAUUAUUUCUAUGGUUCUGGUUCGACGCGUUCGACGGCAAUCAUUCAAACGUUCCCGAUGGAAAGCAAAAGCUGCAACAAUUUCAUAAGUUACGUGGGCCUCGAGGAACACGAGAUGAAGCCACUAGGUUCUAGUCGACGUAAUUCUGUAUCCGAAAACAAUAUCAAGUUAUUACCCGGUGAGAUUUUAGUCACUGAUGCGCAAAGCGUUCUUAUGUUCUCGCCUGUCAGCAAUUUGAAGCAAGGGACGUCCGGUAUUCUAUCAGUCACGAAUUUUAAGCUCACAUUUAUCACGACCGAAGAUACGAGCGGAGAGGAUGUGGCUCGUCAGCAAAAUCAUCUGUACGGAUACAUGGAUACAUGUUUGACGAAUAUCGAAGAUAUUUAUAUAACAGUAGGCGAUAAGAAAAGAAGACUGGUACCUGGCAAUACCGUACCAUCUAAAGUAAAAGGGAUAUUUAUUAUUUGUAAAAAUUUACGAACGUGGUCUUUUUCUUUUAAAUUUUCGCCCAUCAAAGAGGGACACAAUCUACUGAGGGCGCUGUUGCAUUACGCUUUUCCCAGCAGACACUACAGAUUAUUCGCUUACGAUUACAGAGAAGCGUACUAUAGCAGUCUGAAUAACGCGAUUCGCUUAUUUCGAGACAUAUCUGACUGGAUUAACGAACUAGAAAGAACCAUAAGCAACGAGAAGUUUAGACAAUUUUGGAGAUUAUCUACAGCUAACGUAGACUUCAAGCUCUGUCGUAGUUUAUCGCGAUACAUAAUAGUCCCAGCGUCCGUAACCGACAGUCAAUUAAUGGACGCAGCUAAGCACUUCCAAGGCAACCGUCCACCAAUCUGGUCUUGGUCGAGCACAAACGGCGCGGCGUUAGUUAAAACGUCCGAGCUCUCGUUGUUGGCUAAGAGAACGCAGGAGAAUAUCAUGUUCGAGAACGUUCGCAAGAGUCACCCUCGGCAAAAAGAACUAGUUGUUUUAGAGUUAAAUAAAGACGUUAACGUAAAGUUUAUAGCUGUAGCCUUCGCGAAAUUCGCCAAUCUUUGCUCUCCAGAGAACAUCAGGCAAUUCUGGCUGCAAGAUAAUAAUUUUUAUUCAUUAGUAGAGAAUACUAAAUGGUUGAAGUGUGUGUCGUACUGCUUGGAAAAAGCUGUCAAAGCCUGCGAAAAACUUGACGAAGGAAAAUCCGUUAUUUUACAAGGUGCUGGCACAGAUAUUUGUUGCAUCGUAUCGAGCUUAGUCCAGCUGUUAUUGGACCCUUACUUUCGUACCAUAAACGGGUUCCAGUCGCUCAUGCAAAAGGAAUGGGUGGCUGGCGGGCAUCCAUUUUGUGAUAGAUUAGGUCAUAUUGGCAAGAGGAAGUCUGAGAAGGCUCCGCUAUUGCUUUUAUAUUUAGACUGUGUCUGGCAACUAACUCAACAAUUUCCUGGACAAUUCGAGUUCACGGAAACGUACCUGACGACGGUGUGGGAUGCUGCGCACGUUUCCAUUUUCGAUACGUUUAUUUUUAAUUGCGAGAAAGAUCGGGUGGCGGCAGCUAUGGAACCAAGUAAACCUCUCGUUCUUCGAAGCGUGUGGGACUGGAGGGAACAAUUCAGCGAACAGGACAUCUUACUGUUUUACAAUCCCCUCUACAAUUUCCGCGAGACAAACUCGACGGAGAAGAGCAUAAUAAAGCCCCUGUACAACAUCCCUAGCUUAGAGCUAUGGACGCAGUGUUAUUUCCGCUGGAUUCCCGCUUUGGAGAUCCGUAACGGUGGACAGAAUCACAUAGAGCUUUACUCCAGGUUGCUGCGAAACGACGUGAACCAGUUGAAGAUGUGCGUGAACGGCGCCUGUGGUUCAUUGGUCGACAAGUCGAACAGCUAUUCCGUUCAGAUGAACAUCGACAGCUUUUAUCCGUUCUCGAAUAAAAAGUCCGGGGACGCAGUGAGCACUCCCAUCAUGAACAGCUCUAUUCUGGCUACGGAAAGCUUGCUAGAUGCGCAGUCGUUGAUUACAGCGUCCGACUGAUGUGUACAUAUCACGGUAACGUUCAUUCAAAGUCCGCGGUAACGUUGAGGAAGCCACUUCUCCUAGUUACACACGUUAGAAAAUGUUCUUAUACUUUUGGUAUCUAAGCGGGGCUGGGAUUGGUCGAAUUCUUUCUGUAUUUCAAUGUUUCAAACAGUAAUUCAAAUAUUUUGUAAAUUAUUUACGAUUAAAUAUCGGUUGCAUACUAUUGGAAAGCGCAUAAUUAAGCAUUCAUCGGGGUACUUGUUUCUGUAACUUCAUCGAAACUCAUGAAUUCUUAUUUAAAUUCAUUUCCUUCGAUGCUUCGCAAUUAAUUUUCAUAGUUCCUUAGUGGAAAGCAAGUAGAAGAAUUUUCAUCGAGGAAUUAACUAAAUUAAUUCAAAAGGUGAUGGAUUAAAAAAGAUAAAUCUGGAUAGGUUUGGUAAAUUUGGAAGAAGUUGCAAAAAUAAGUAUUACCGCAAAUGUAAAAACAUUUGAGCCUCGAAGGAAUUUUCACGUAUCAAUCUGGCAGUGAACGUGUCAAAUCCACUUAUUUCUUUGUCAAUUUUGUUUUUAAUAUUAAAACAAUGACAGUGGUAUUUGCCCAUCCGAAUAUUCGAUUAAUCUCAGGCCCUUUAUUAAGCUGGAAUUUUUCUGUUUUAUAAAUUAUUAAUUCUAUUAUAUUUUUCCAAACGUUGCUCGUUCUUGAUUCGAUAACAAACGCCGAUUAACGCGAAUACAAAUCUUUUUGUUCUUUUGUACGUACGUAUGUAUCGCAUUGUAAAAUAGCGGAAAUUAAAGAAUACUGAUAUUUAAUAACAUCUCGAUGUUAUAAAGUAAAAGUAACAAUAAAACUAUUUUUUGUAGAAAA